AUGAUUUCAUCAUCAUCAGCAUUUCAAUCCUCUUCGAAACCACCCAGGGAAAGAGACCUAUAUUUAGGCUCAGGGUACAAGUCGCGGUAUGAUCACUACUCAAAAUCAAAACCCAAAUCUUAUUACAAGGGGAAUACUGGCGGAGAACGAAAAGAUAGAGGAGAUAGAGGAGGCCAAAGAGGAAGUCAAAGAGAAGCAAUGAUUAGUGGAAGUUCAUUUUCCCUGGAUCGAAGAAUUAGUGGUUCAGGAGGAGCAGGUGGGGGAGGUAGUGGAGCUGGAGGCGGAAGCCAGGGAGACACUUACUAUGGAAAUAGACGCAGGGUAGAUAAGUAUGCGUCCAGCUUUAGCUCGGCUGCUGUUGGAGGAAACAAUAAUAGUAAUGCUAGUAAGAACAAUACAAAUACCAGCAUAAGUGGUAUGGGUGGCGGAACAGGACGAAUAGAACGUACUGAAAAAUACACAUCAAGAAGCUAUAAUGGUAGUGGAAGUGGAAGCGGCAAUGGCAAUAACAAUAACAAUAGUAGGGAUAUGUUUAGUAAGCGGCUGACUACACCAGAGUACGAUGGCAAAAGCAAAUAUGAAUCAAGCAUAAGGAUCAACUCCAAAGAUUAUAAGUCGGAACCAAAGAUUGAAAGCGAGAAAGAGAGAAAGCAGAUUGAGGAGAAAGAGAAACUGAAUGUUAGUGAUUUAAAGGGAGAAAAUCUUUUGUCGAAAAAGAGAAAGUCUUGGAGUGGGGACGAUACAGAGCAAAAGAGCAGUAUGGAUAGAUCACGAAUAUCAAAGUCUGAAGAUUGUGAAGAAGAAUCAAUUAAGAAAAAGAUGAACAAUAGCAGAGACUACGUGGUUGGACAAGAAACUAUUAAAAAGGAACAUAAGGAGCAACCAUUGUCAGACAUCAAAAUUAAUGAACCGGUAGUUGUUUCGACUGCUACUAAAACGAAGGAAAAUUUAAAUUUCAGCCCAGAUAAUAUUGAAGAUAAAGCUUCUGAAAAGAAGGACAAUGAAUCAAAUGAUCCACCAGCUCCAGUAAAGAAAAGAACAUCUUUUUCCGAAUAUAUGAAAUCGGCUAAAGAAAGAGCCAAGAGAUUAACAGAGGAAUCCAAAGAAGGCAAUAAGGCAAUCUUGGAAGAACAAAAACUCGAUGAUGAAAAACCAGCGCCUGAGAAAAGCUGUAUUGACAACAAAGUCGCAGAAGAAAUUAAAAUUGGAAAUAUGGAAAAGAAAUUUGAACAUGUGCAUGUUAAAGCUGCUGAUCAUGAAAAGAGUUUGAGCGAAGAUAAGCACAAACAGCAAUCCACGAUAGGCCAAGAUACUUUGAUGAAGGAGAAUCAUGAACUGUCUAUUCUGGAAAAGAUCGCUGAUGAAGUAUCUGAAAAGACGAAGCUGAAUGAUGAGUUAUUGGCUAAAGAACCACUCAAACUUAACAAACAUGAUACAUUGGAAUUAACAGAGGACCUGAAACCAAAGGAAAAAGACAUAGUAAUAAAUAGUGACAAAUCAUCAGAAAAAGAAAAGAAAUUAAACAACACCAAUGAUCCUUUAGCAAAGCAUACACUUGGAGUGAAAAGCGAAGAAAAAGAUGUUAGUGUCAAUCAUCAUAACAACAACAACAACAACAACAACACUAUCAGCACAUCCACUAUGAAACCAUUACUAAAGGCAAAUUCCGAAAAUGAUCAUGAUGGUCGUCUUGACGAUGAAGUAAAUGCAGAAGAGGAUCUGUCUGAAGCUGAAACUGUUGUAGGAUCGCCGCCUCGAUUCCAGGUUUCGAGAAAACUAAUGCGAAAGCGACCUCACGAUAAGGAAAGAUCCAAAUUGAAGAGGAGAGCUGUUGCCAUAAGCUCAGACGAAGAAGAUGCCUUAUUGGAUUUGGCCACAAGUGAAAACCCAUCCUCAUUGCCAAAAAACCAACCGCAAUUUCCUCAACAACAACCCCAACUGCCUCAACAACAACCGCAACUUCCUCAACAACAACCCCAACUGCCUCAACAACAACCGCAACAACUGCCACAACCACAACAACCACAACAAAUGAAAUCUGAAAAGAAACUUGUACCGGGCAAGUCUAUUAAGAAAGCACCUUACAAAAUUAAACGAGACUCAAGUGGAAGAUCUUUACUUCAGCGAGCAUGCAAAAAGGGAAAUUUCGAUGAUGUCAAAGAAUUUAUCAACCGAGGCGCAAGCGCGAAUGAAAAAGAUUUUUGUGGCUUCACUUGUCUUCACGAAGCAGCACUCGAGGGUCAUGAUGAAAUUGUGAAAUUUCUUAUCGAAAAUGGUGCCGACGUUAAUGCUAAAGCCGAUGAAGCAGGUGACUGUGAAACUCCUUUAAUUGAUGCAGCCGAGAAUAAACACCUUGGUACUGUAAAGAUUUUAUUAGAGCAUGGCGCAGAUCCAACGAUUUUCAAUAUUGAUGGAUUCACUGCAUUGACGAAAAUCUAUAACGAGCACGAUGGCGAAGAAGGUUACGAUGAGAUAAUCAAAGUGUUGGAGAAGGCUAAUAUUUCUUUAACUUCACGCCAGGUUGGUAAAAACUUGUCAAGAAUAGGGUCUCCCUUACCCAAUGUCGAAGUCAAAGAUGAUCCUAACGAAGCAUAUUUUGCCAAUUUAAUCAAACGCAAAGGCAUAUAUAAAUGGGCCGCGGAGAAUCACAAGGAGUUUGUUGCUAAUCAUUUUGUCUCAGGAAACAGUCUUGAAGACAAACCAGACAUUUUGAUCAUUGCUGCUAGGAACGGGCAUUCAGAAUUGAUUGAUAUCAUUUUGGGAUUGAACCCAACACAGUACAACAUUGAUACCGAGAGCCCAUGUGGAAUCACAGCACUUUUGGCAUCUAUUGGUCGCGGCCAUUCAGAGGUUGUCCAUUCUCUUUUAUCGAAAGGUGCUGACCCAUUCAAGACUAGAAAGAAAGAUGGCUUAAAUGCAUUGGAGAUUGCUCAACACUCCCCUAGGUUUGAUGUUGAGGAAAUUGAAAUGAUUCAGAAUUUCAUGGAGAAAAAGAGCGGUACUAAAAUUUUGUCAACUGUUCCAUCAAGAAUUGUUUCCAGGGUGACGUCCAGAUCACUGUCAAAAGCACCCUCCGUACCCGUUUCUGAAGAUGAGGAUGAUGAGGAAGAAGACGAGGAAGAGGAGGAAGAGAAGGAAAAGGAAGCGAAGGAGAGGGAGAAGAAGGAUAAUAACGAACAAAAGGUAGACAUUCUACAAGGGUCAUUAAGAACUGAGAAAUCUUUAGAGUUGGAAGAAUUCACAAAGUCAAAAGAUCAGAAAAAGCUUAACAAGAGAAUAGAAAGAAAGAAUAAUCAUGAUGGAAACAAUGAUUCACAAGAUGAUGUACAAAGCGUUGAUAAAAAUGACGUAAUUAAUGUUGAUUUGAGCAAGAAGAACGCUAGUGCUAGUGAAAAAGACCUUGAUGUAAAUAAACAAGAUCUCAAAACUAAGAAUGAAAAGGGCAGCAGAACUUACGAUACAAUGGAAGUUGAUGAGCAAUAUACUCAAGAUGCACAAGGGAAUGAGAAUGAUCAGGAUGAAGAUUUACAAGCAGAAUUUAAGGAUACACAUGAAGAAUCAUCAAGGAAAAGAAAAGCUAAUCAUGGCUUGUCAGCUGAAGAGUCUUUUAGUUUCAAGAAAAUCAAGUCUGAGAAUUCUUCUAAAAACUCGGAAUCGAAAGCGGUUUCAUUACUGGGUUCCGCACCUGGCUCAACAUCAGGAACGGCACCAGUUGUGACUUCAGCUUCAAUAUCAUCACCUGCACCAGUUCUCUCACCCCUUCCUUUGCACAAUCAUGCGGUAGCCAAACUUUUUGAUGAUAAUAAAGAUCAACCGAAAACGCAUACCAACGAGCGUUCUAUAUCUCCAAACUCUAUCUUACCGGAAAAAGAUGUUGGUCUCGCCAAAGAACGCUCGCCGUCGCCAGUACCUGUUAUCAAGAUUCUGGAGGAGCAAAAGGCCAAAAAUGCUGAGGAAGCAAGAAUUUGGCAGGAAAAAGCCGAGGCUAAAAAGAGAGCAAGAAGAGAGAUGUUUUUAAAGUAUGAAAAAGAACGUGAAAUGAAGAGAAAAGAAGAGGAAGACAAAAGGCUCGAAGAAGAAAGAAUUCAAGCCGAGUUAAAGAAACAAGAGGAUCUUCGACAGGCAUUGGAAGAAGAGGCAAGGCGCAAGGAACUUGAAGCACGCAAAACUGAGUUGAGAAAAAUCAAAGCAUUAGAGUACUAUCCUAUUGGAUUAAAGCGUGUGAGGUUCAAUUCCAAGCCAACUGAGUUUACAAUUGCAAAGUACUUGCCAUUAUACAUUUUUGUUAUCAACGAGCAUAAAUUUGUGUUAGAUCUCCACAUCUCACUUCUCACGCUCACUCCCUUUGAAAAUCUUUUAAGUUCUAGAGGCUCUGAGUCCAAGGUUUUACAAAAUGAAAUAGAAUCAGCAGACAAAUCUAAGUUGUGGAAAUUGUACUAUCCUUUGAUCGGAUUAGACACUAAGAAGCAACUGUAUAAUGGAACGUUGGAUAGUAAACAAGAAGGAGAAAAAUUAUUUCAAAAUUUGUCAUUAAAGUUUGUCAAAUACGAUGAUAUCAUGCCUGGCAUUAAGGAAAAGUUUUCAUUAGUUGCUGAAAAAAUUGAAACUCUGACUUGCAUAGAGGUUGAUUUGAAAUUCAUGACUGGCUUUGAUUAUAGUGAUGAUUCGAUAGUGAGAGACUUGCGCACUGGUAAGCUGGAGGAGUCACAACCAGCUAAUUUAGGAAAAUUUGUUCCACCAAGCUUGAUGUAUCGUAAGGAUAUUAUAAAAACCCUUGGCUCGAGUCGCAGCCGAUUGUGGUAA